AUGCCUGUUGCCCAGGAAAUGACCCUGCUCCUCCUCCUCCUCCUCUUUGGGGGCUCCUGGCCUCCAGGGGUGAGCCCAGAGUCUGUGACCCCCACGGCGUCCUUGACCUCUUCGGUCUCUGAGACCCCGCACCCCAAACCUGUGACCUCCACCAAGCUGACAAGGGACCCCGAGAAGGCUGAUGGCACCGGGGACCAGCUCCUGCCUUCGACUUCCUCAGCUCACUUUAGAGACACUGAGGAGUCCCCUCUUGGGACUUCCACUGAUGGCACCAAUGGCACCCUGGGGCCUGGGCCCACAACCUCCCAGGAAAUUUCUAAUGAGAAGCCAUUAGUGCUCCCAGAAGUCUCUAAUGCAACAAGGGACCUUGCUGUCCUUGAGACAGGUGGACCGAUGACAACCAGCUCUCUGGAGACCUCCAGUCCAACUCCAGGAUGGAGUAGAGCCCCUGUCACCACUGUGGCUAGCUCUGGGGAGACCUCCAGUGGGACCAGUGGAACUCCCAUCACCAUGGCAACUAGCUCUGUGGAGCCCUCCAGGGGGGCCAGUGGAACUCCCAUCACCAUGGCAACUAGCUCUGUGGAGAUCUCCAGGGGGACCAGCAGACCCUCUGUCACCAUGGCAACUAGCUCUGUGGAGCCCUCCAGAGGGACCAGUGGAACUCCCUUCGCCAUGGCAACUAGCUCUGUGGCGACCUCCAGGGGGACCAGUGGAACUCCUAUCGCCAUAGCAACUAGCUCUGUGGCAACCUCCAGGGGGACCAGUGGAACUCCCAUCGCCAUGGCAACUAGCUCUGUGUUGACCUCCAGGGGGACCAGUGGCUCCCCGGGCUCCGCAGUCCAAAUUCCCACGAUGACUACCGCAGAGCCCUCUGGGAAUGCAAGCAUCCAGUCCAAGUCGGGGGGCCUGGUGCCGGUGGCUGUGCUCAUCGCCCUGCUGAUGGUCAUAGUGCUGGUGGCGCUGCUCCUGCUGUGGCGCCGGAGGCAGAAGCACCGGACGGGGAUCCUGAUGCUGAACAGAGGUGGGGAGCGCAACGGGGUGGUGGAUGCCUGGGCUGGGCCAGCGCGGGUCGCUGACGAGGAGGCUGUGGUAGCAACAGCACAAAGGCCUGGCAGUGACAAGGCCUCGGGGGUCCCCAAGACGGAGGAGUCGGGCCGGCGGCCCACGCUCACCACUUUCUUUGGGAGACCGAAGUCUCACCAGUGCUCCGUGGCGCUGGAGGAGCUCAGGUCCGGGUCAGGCCCCAGCCUCUCGGCGGAGGAGGAGCCGCUGGUGGGCAGCGAGGAAGGGGUCGAGGAUGCCCCCACUUCCAAUGGGCCGGAAGUGGGGCCUGGGGCUGCACCUCAGGGCUUGUGA